AUGGAGAUCUAUGAAGAGAGCAGGAAAAUUCUAGAGGGAGAACCUUUCUUCUGCGACGUAGCAUGUCGAUGGAAACCAGAAAUGACGUGUGAGGUUCCUGCAAUAUAUUGGCAGGAACGUAAAGAAUUUACCUGGGCUCUUGAGAGCCAUUUGAUCCCUCGCCCACAUGCUGGAUGGAGGCGUCUGGCGCAGAUCAAAAGCGAAGGAAGACUACGUUUCGCUGAUAUGUUAGUCAUUUCACAUCUCCGAUUUGUGCUUCCCACAACGAGCAUAACUCGGCAGCUUCAUUCUCUGCUCUUUAUAUUGAACCUCUAUGUUUCCACAUCAUUGCUGGCAAAAAUGUUUCAGGAUGUAGUUUCCCUAAUCUCUGGGAGAGUGAAGAGCAGAGGUGCCGCUGGUUUUCUCUUGCGACUCGGAGGUCACCGGAUUCCUUUGAUUUUUUCGGUCGCUGCGAUUCAUCCUUUUCAACCCAGCAUCGAUGAAGAGUUAAAUUGUAAAGGAAGUUCAGUCGCAGCCUCAAUCGCAGCGAUUCCCAAAAGAACAGGGCCAUCCUAUCGGCUUCCGGUCAGCCCCGGUAGAAACACACCGAUGUGCUACAAAGUGGACUCUUCCCGUGGUUCAACGGUUCAACGGACACAAGUCAUGAGAUCCAAAUUUGGGCUACCACCCUGCCUGUCCCGAGGUUGGAGUGCUUUUCGACUAAUGUCAAGGGGUUCUAUGUUGCUCAAGGUUGGGCAAUUUCAUACCCUCCAAAACAAGAGAAGCCUCACUAUGCUCGUGUUCGAGCACUUGCUUGCAUUUCUCAAUCCUCUCAAUGGAUUGAGACAUGUUAUCGAUGAGCUGAUUCAUUCUCCUCUUCUCUACUUCUUCAAUAUGUGA